ACCUUCAGCACUGCAGCCCGCCGGCGAGUGGAGAAUAAGGUUCCUGAGAAGCAGAAGAUAUUUCAGGCGGACAAUGGGUUGCCAGUCCAUCGAAAAGGUAGUGUGAUGGAUGCUGUGCUCUACAGGCUAACCAUGGGUCUCACUGUUGUGGGUACAGUCUAUGUUAUGUACGAACUCUUUGACAUUGCCCUACCCAAGAAGAAGUAACAUCAGCUUGCAGCCAAGUUGGAAGUCUUUGUUUCACUCCACAGUCCUGUCUGAAUGUUAACCUGUAAAUUAUCAGGGAUCUUAUUUUACAAGUGUCUGUUCACUGCUUAUGGGAACGGUUUUUAUUUGAUGAUGAAGCGUACAUAAUUAAAAGAAAAAGUGACUUAGCACAAAAAAAA